CCUGGCACUAUAUCUACUCCAGCUCGCCCUCACUACCACCACGCUCUUCCAUUCAACUCUCCCUUUCCAACUUGUCUUCAGACGAAACAUCCCUUCUAUCCCUGCAUUAAACACGCUGCCAAUCACAAUGGUUUCUUGGAAGUCAAUCACUCUUCUUGCCGCCGCUCAGAGCGUCACCGCCCACUUUGGCCUCACAUAUCCAGCAUGGCGCGCCGACACUCUUUCUUCUGCUGGUGAAGCAAAGUACAGCCAAUGGACGUAUCCAUGCGCUGGAGUCCCAUACAAGGCUGGCAAUGUCACCGAGUGGCCUCUCGAGGGCGGCCAGCUCCAGGUCGAACUUCACCACCCGUGGACCUAUCUCUUUGUCAACCUCGGUCUCGGCGAGAAUGCCACCAACUUCAACAUCUCCCUCACUCCCCAGCUCACAAAUACAACUGGUAAGGGCACGCUGUGUCUCGACAAGCUGCCCGUUCCUGCCAACAUCCAGGACGGAACCGUGGGCUCCAUCCAGGUCGUCACAUCUGGCUCUAGUGGAUCUGCACUCUACAACUGCGCCGAUAUCAAGUUCUCCAAGAAUGCCAAGAAGCUUGAUGUCUGCAACUCUACCGGCGUGACUGCGUCUGUUGUCCAGGCUGGUGCCAGCACGGGCAACUCUAGCACCGGAGGAGCUGCUAAACCUGAAACAGGCAAGGGCGCUGCUACAGCUCUUGGCACCAACACCGUUGCUCUGGGAUCUGUUGUUGGCCUGGCGGCCGCUUUUGCUCUUGGCCUUGGGCUGUAGAGUACAGUUGGAGGUAUAUAACAAGCAAAUGGAAGGAGGAUUCGGCAUGGUGCUGCUAUUGAUGGAUAAGACACACGCUACGAACGAGGUAAUGAUACCAAUGGAAACGGAUAUUAUGCAGAGGAAGCGGGCCAUCGGGGGCCUACUCUGCUCUUGUGCAAUGCAGGCUGAGCAGGCACCUAAGAGAGACAAAGUCCGCCAUGCAGCCAUGGAGCCUUGUACUACAAGACAGGGAGGGGUUUUGGUCCGUUGAGCUAAUACAAGGUCAAAGAUGUAAGGCAAGGAGUUGUGAGUGCUGUAUUUUCAUAUCAGACAGUUGUACCAGACCUACACUCAGCAAUUAAGCAUUAGGAAUUGUCUAAAUUCACGAUAAAGUUCC